AUGGCCGAUGCCCAGGAGAGGCGAAACGUUCGGCCGUUAGAACGUAAUGAGAAUCCACCUCCCCCAACAUCCUCGACAUCGCCCAGCUCUGUCACUGCACUUCUUGCGGGCUUCUUCGUACUUUCGAUAAUAUCAUUUUCAGAUGUCGCCUCUCAGCUUUCCCUUCACCCUCUGUUUGGGAGUGCAGCAACUGCUCGACACUUCCCAACGAUAUCUCUGGUUAUUUGUCUUCUGGCCUCCUUCAUUCCUAAGCGGAUGCGUUUGGAUUCACGAACAGGGUUCGCCUUCAUGAGCCUAUGGUUUGCAGCGUCGCCAGCGAUUAUGUAUUGUGUCGGAGUGCAUACGUCUGGGUGGCUCAACCCUCUCUGGGGUCCUAUCGCGGCUCACAUCCUAGGCGGGUCUCUUGUUACUGUGUUGGGAGCGUCGAUGCUGCAAAAUGUAUUGUCCCGUGUUUCUCCUUCUGGAUUUUCGCCAUUCCCCGCCAGAUUUGGCUCAGGGAUGUUCUCAUGGGUUGUCAUUGCUCGUGCAGACAGGGUCCUGUGGGAUAACUUGCCACUCGGAGGUGUGGUAAACUAUUGUAAUAUGUAUCUUCUCUUGGGUCUUAUCACAUCGUUUCCUGCUGCACUGUUGGCGAUGCAGCAUGCCUUGAGUCGGCAAAAGCGCGAGCGACAUGCAGGAAGGUCUAUGAGAAGACUAAGAAUGAAUCCCACUUUUGUCUUGGCCUUGUAUUUGGCCCUUCCAUUGUUCACGUCUGUAGUGUCACAAAAAAGGUCGCCGUGCAGAACCCCGGCGACCCCAUACACCACCCUCAAUGGUACGCUACAGAUAUUGGACAAAUCAUUCAGCGUCACGGGAAUGAUCCUUGUUGGCGAAACGGAUAUCAAUGGCGUGCGGACACGAUUUUUACGUUGCGACCACUCGCUCCUCGGCGGCAUGUGGCUGCUCCCCGAGCGUGAAGGAGACCCUCCCACAAAACUUUUCCGUAGCAUAUAUACUGCAUUCUACCUCCAGGAAGCUGUGCGGCUUGUCAAUCGCCCUCUUGAAUCAAUCCGAACUACGCCCAAUCGGGUCCUCACUAUCGGACCCGGAAUAGGUGUUGCUGCAAAAGCAUUCGUCGAGCAUGGGAUGCAGACCACAAUUGUUGAAAUCGAUCCAGCUGUGUAUCGUUUCGCGCGGAAGCAUUUUGAGCUUCCCAAACCAAACCAAGUCUAUCUCGAAGACGCACGAAGUUGGGUCCGCCAACAAGCGAGUGCCAUGAGAUCCCUUCGAACAUCCAAUCCGGGACAGGCAGAUGCGCAAUUGUUUGAUUACGUGGUUCAUGAUUGCUUCUCAGGUGGAGGAGUUCUCCACCAUUUGUACACCCUCGAGUUCUGGGAAGACCUAAAAACGUUGAUGCGUCCAUCUGGUAUCUUAGGAGUGAAUUACGGUGGGCAUUUAGAUUCACCAGCCGCACGUGGCAUUAUCGUCACAUUAUUGGCGGCGUUUGGAGAGUGUAAAGUUUAUCAUGAUUCAGACACGAGUCGUAAACUUGAAGACUUGAAGGUGGGUUUUAUCAACCUGGUGAUCAUCUGCACCUUAGCCCCGGCUCCAUUGACAUUCCGUUCGCCUGUUGUUGAAGAUUAUCUGGGAAGCAAUUCACGACGAAGACUCUUUAAUUCAUGGCAUUCAAGAGAAUUACCUUUACCGAUGGCAUUCGGUCCAAUACGUCCGGGAUCAAAUUAUUCAGAGUCCACGUUAGUCUUGCGGGAUGCCACGAACAGGCUAGGUGAAUGGCAGGAACUGUCUGCUAUUGAAUACUGGAAAUUGAUGAGGGGAAUGCUGCCAUCUGAAGUCUGGAACACUUACUAA